AUGAAUGGACUCACUCAGUCAUCCGACCUGAUGAGACGCCAGCAAAUUCCUGGGAAAGGCCUUUCCCCAUCUCAGCAUGCAGAAAAGGAUUUUCUCGCUCAUCCCACUUGGCGGCUUAGCGACCUGAUGAAUCGGCAGCAAAGUCCCACCAGUGAGAGGCUGUUCACCUGCUGUCACUGCGGGAAGGGUUUCAAAAAUUCCUCCGGACUACAGAGACACCAGCUGGUCCACACCUGGGAGAGGUCAAUCAUCAGCUCUGAGUGUGGGAAAGGAUUCUGUCGGUCGCCUGACCUUUUGAAGCACCAGCAAAUUCAAACCAGAGAGCGGCCAUUCAUUUGCUGUCAGUGUGGUAAGCAAUUCGUUUGUGCAUUCGGCCUGCUGAAACACCAAUCAUCUGCUCUCAAUGUGUGUGGGAGGCGAUUCAUUCAGUCAUCUGAGCUUCCGAGGCACCAACGAAUUCACACCGGAGAGCAGCUAUUCACAUGUAGUCACCAUGGCAAGGGAUUCACUCGUUCAUCCCAGCUAGUGAUACAUCCUAACAAAUUCACACCAGGGAGCGGCCAUUGA